AUCUCCCCUACUUUCUUUCUCGGCGGCAUGCCAACCAUCAAUAUAUUGCUCUCUCUGUGUCACGAUGCUUCUCCAUCUCAUUCAUUCUUCAGCUUCACAGACCCAGUUCUGGAAUCUUCUUUUCCCCCAAUUUAGAUUUUAUUUUGUUGACAACGAUUUGACAAGAAGAGAGGCAUUGGGGGUGUCAUUAUUUGGCCAAAGAGGAGGCAACAACAACGGUUAUUAGGGGUUUUUUUUAGAAAAAAAAGCAGUAAAAAGAAAAAAAAUAAAUGGAGAGUACAAUGAAAGAGAUGGGAGAUGAUGAGUCUGUGCUUGACUUGAAUGAUAAGGCUGGUGUAGCCGGUGGAGUUGCAGAUAUCUAUGGUGAGGAUAGAGCCACCGAACACCAGUCUAUCACCCCAUGGUUUUUCUCUGUGGCUAGUGGAUAUAGUUUGAUGCGCGAUCCACACUACAAUAAAGGGCUUGCAUUUAGUGACCAAGAGAGAGAUGCCUAUUACUUGCGUGGCCUUCUACCUCCUGCUGUUAUGACCCAAGAACUUCAGGAGAAGAAAUUGAUGCAUAAUCUUCGUCAAUAUGAUGUCCCAUUGCAACGAUACAUAGCCAUGAUGGAUCUUCAGGAGAGAAAUGGAAGGCUGUUUUAUAAACUUUUAAUUGAUAACAUUGAAGAACUACUUCCAAUUGUCUAUACCCCAACCGUUGGCGAGGCUUGCCAGAAAUACGGAAGCAUUUUCAGGCGUCCUCAAGGCCUAUUUAUCAGUCUCAAAGAGAAGGGAAAGAUUCUUGAAGUGCUGAAAAACUGGCCAGAGAAGAACAUACAGGUAAUUGUAGUGACUGAUGGUGAACGCAUAUUGGGGCUUGGUGACCUCGGUUGUCAGGGAAUGGGAAUUCCUGUUGGAAAACUUUCUCUGUACACUGCUCUUGGAGGAGUGCGUCCCUCUGUGUGCCUGCCUAUUACCAUUGAUGUAGGCACAAACAAUCAGAAAUUACUUGAUGAUGAGUUUUACAUUGGACUCAAGCAGAGGAGAGCAACUGGACAGGAGUACGCAGAACUUCUCGAUGAGUUCAUGUCUGCAGUUAAACAAAACUAUGGAGAAAAAACACUCAUACAGUUUGAAGACUUCGCGAACCACAAUGCUUUUGAUCUUCUGGCAAAAUACCGCACGACACAUCUUGUGUUUAAUGAUGAUAUACAGGGAACGGCAUCCGUUGUUCUAGCUGGGCUUGUUUCUGCUUUAAAGUUGGUUGGCAGAGCGCUGGCUGACCAUACUUUCUUGUUCCUAGGUGCUGGGGAGGCUGGAACUGGGAUAGCAGAGCUUAUAGCACUUGAAAUUUCAAAAAAGUCUGGUGUUCCCAUAGAAGAAACUCGGAAAAAAAUUUGGCUCGUUGAUUCAAAGGGACUGAUUGUGAGUUCCAGAAUGGAAUCACUUCAGCAGUUCAAAAGACCGUGGGCUCAUGAACAUGAACCCGUAAAGGAACUCAUUGACGCCGUCAAGGCAUUAAAUCCAACAGUUCUUAUAGGAACUUCAGGAGUUGGAAGAACAUUUACCCAAGAAGUUGUGGAGACGAUGGCGUCAAUCAAUGAGAAACCUGUCAUCAUGGCUCUGUCCAAUCCGACUUCACAAGCCGAGUGCACUGCAGAAGAGGCCUAUACAUGGACCAAGGGCAGUGCAAUCUUCGCUAGUGGAAGUCCAUUCGAUCCGGUUGAGUACGGGGGGAAGAAAUUCAUUCCAGGACAGGCUAACAAUGCAUACAUAUUCCCUGGAUUUGGGUUAGGUCUAAUCAUGUCUGGAACCAUCAGAGUGCAUGAUGACAUGCUUUUAGCCGCCUCGAAAGCAUUGGCGGCAGAGGUGACGGAAGAAAACUAUGAGCAGGGGCUAAUAUACCCACCAAUCACUAAAAUCAGGAAAAUAUCAGCUCACAUUGCAGCCAAUGUAGCUGCAAAGGCUUAUGAUCUCGGUCUGGCGACGCGUCUCCCCCGUCCAAGGGAUCUGAUAAAGUAUGCAGAGAGCUGCAUGUACAGCGCGGUCUAUCGUAACUACCGUUAACAUGCAUUCAUCCAUGCAUUGGAAGGGUUGGUGUUCCAUUUGGUCCUUUGAAGCAAUGCAAGGAAAAAAAACACUUCUUUUUUAGAUGGAAACUUUUUUCUUUUCGUUUGUAGUAGGAGAAUAUGUAGGACACACACAUCUAUUCCCUCCGUCCCAAUUUAAUCGCAUGUUUCGGUUUA